AUAUGAGGAAGCCUUUGAAUGGACUAGAUCCUGGAAUCAGACUGCAGGGCUUCCACUGUGAUUAGACUGGGGAGCAACAUGCUAACGAAUCGGUGAACCAUCACGGCCUGGGGGGAUUCCAGACGCCUCCACUCUGCCUGACAUCCGGCACCAAACACCAUGGAACUCAUAAUACCCAUAAGAAGUCAAGACAUGAUGGCUUCGUCCAGCUCUGCUCCUCUUCUGGGCCCUCAUAGCAGCUGCACCAGGCACCACUACCAGAGAGUCAAGAGAAAGCUGCGGCCCGGACGAAUACUGGGGUUCAUCAUAAGCCUGGUAAUAGUUUGUACAGUCUGUUCAUGGAGUGCCUUGUCACUGGCCACGAUGGUGGCCACUGAGCUGGAAUCCAUAAGUGAAGGCUCAGCAGAAGCAGCAGUGCCCCAAAGAACUCUUCUGCAGAACCACAACCUCUCAGUCGCAGCAGAGGACACACCUUUGGCCAUGGCAUCAUCUGAAAUAGAGAUGAAUCAUGGGGACUACCCAACGGACUACUUCAGCGUGGAGGAGAGACGUCAGGGCUAUGUGCUGCUUCAUAUGUUUGGCAUGCUGUACAUGUUCAUAGCCUUAGCCAUCGUCUGCGAUGAGUUCUUUGUCCCUGCGCUCACUGUCAUCACAGAAAAACUGGAGAUCUCUGAUGAUGUAGCUGGAGCCACCUUCAUGGCAGCAGGUGGCUCAGCCCCAGAGCUCUUCACCUCCGUCAUAGGAGUCUUCAUCUCCCAUAGUAAUGUGGGUAUCGGUACCAUUGUGGGCUCUGCCGUCUUCAACAUCCUGUUUGUGAUCGGGAUGUGCGCCCUGUUCUCCAGAGAGGUGCUGCACCUCACCUGGUGGCCUCUUUUCAGAGACGUCACGUUCUAUAUCUUUGGUUUGCUCAUGCUCAUUUAUUUCUUUCUGGAUAAUCAAAUCACAGUGGUGGAAAGUCUCAGCCUGCUGACGUGCUACACCUGCUAUGUGACAUUCAUGAAGUUCAACGCCAAAAUGGAAUUUUUCAUCAAGAGCAUGCUGAGCAAAAACCAGGUGGAUGAGCUGGAGACUACACCAAAGGUAAAUGCACCUGGAAAUGAUGAGCACAAGCUAACUGCCAAACCCAGGCUGCAGAGAGAAGGCAGCUGUGCUUCUCUACACAACUCACUGAUGAGAAACAGCAUCUUCCAGCUCAUGAUACACACACUGGACCCCCUCAGUGAUGAAGGACGUUUCAAAGAGAAGGCGUCAAUCCUUCACAAAAUGGCCAAGCACAAGUGUAAAGAAGAUGGUGUCAGUGCCAACGGUGUAGCUGAUAAAAACAUCCGCAACAAUACAAAAGUUGCAGUGGAAGUCACACCUCCCAUGAACGGUGUAGCAGGAGGAGGCGAGAGUGGUGAAGAAGAGGAGGAUGAAGACCAGCCUCUGAGCCUGGACUGGCCUGACACCAACAGGAAACGGCUCACCUACCUCUUCAUUCUGCCCAUUGUCCUUCCACUGUGGGUCACACUGCCCGACGUCAGGAGACAGACCUCAUCAAAGUUCUUCCCCAUCACUUUUCUUGGCUCCAUCUGUUGGAUCGCUUUCUUUUCCUACCUGAUGGUGUGGUGGGCUCAUCAGGUUGGAGAAACUUUCUGGAUCACAGAGGAGAUCAUGGGUCUCACUAUACUAGCAGCUGGCACUUCAAUCCCCGACCUGAUCACCAGUGUGAUUGUAGCACGAAAGGGCCUUGGCGACAUGGCUGUGUCCAGUUCUGUGGGCUCCAACAUCUUUGAUAUCACUGUGGGCCUGCCGUUCCCCUGGCUCCUCUAUAACAUUAUCAAUGACUUCAAGUCAGUAGAAGUGAGCAGCAACGGCCUGUUCUGCACCAUCGUCCUCCUCUUCCUAAUGCUCCUUUUUGUUACCAUUUCCAUUGCAGCUUGCAAGUGGAAAAUGAGCAAGUUUCUAGGCUUUUUCAUGUUCCUGCUUUACUUUGUCUUCCUCGUCGUCAGCGUCAUGCUAGAAGACAAAAUCAUCACCUGCCCUGUGACUGUCUGACAGAGCGCCAUUUCUACUGAUUGUCAGAAAGCACGAAUGGACUCAUGAUUUACUAGAGGAGUGCAAAAACACGCUCAGGCAGACACAGAGUAGCUCUCAUAUGUCUCACACAUACACAUCGUAGGAGACUGUGUACACACAGACACAAGUACCCACACACUCAGUCACAAGCUGGGCCUACAAAUGAAGGCUAUUAGAUGUGCAGAGUGGUGCAUCAUAGUCUGGCAGCAGUGGUCUUUUUGUACCAUGUAACUACAUUUAGUAGCUGCUAAUGGUUGAAACCAGCUGAAAGGACGGACAACUUACGUGAACAUCAGCGGGGAUGGAAAUUUCAAUUUAAAAUUCAUCAAGAAUAUUGUUUUCUUUUUAACCAAAGGACUGUGCAGCAAGCGGCCAUGUUAAUAAACUGAAUAUGGGCACUGAAAGAGACUUUAUUUUUUGCUUAAGAGGGCAGCAAAGCACUAGAGAGAUCUCAUGCAUCAUGGAAAAUCACAUCCGUGAAGUAGCUGUUUCAUAGACCUUUAGAUUGGAACUGGCCAUUCCACCCCCACUUUGCAAUGUCUUCAAAAGAGAAAUAUAUAGUGUGUUUUUCAAAUACAGUACAUGGCAUUACCAGUCACAUUUGGCAGAAAUUGUUACUUUAUUUCCCAUUUUUGAAUAUCUAUAUUAUUAUACAUUAAAUGGAUAACAUGACACAGAUCACCUGUUCU